UUUAUACUUCUUAACCAAGAACAAACUGCAGAAGGUAUCACUAUUUAUACUUGGUGUUCUUCCCCUAAUUUUGGCCAAAAACAAAAAGCAGAAGAGGAAUUGGGCGCUCGUUGAUAGAGACUAAAUACUAAAAUUCUAGUUUUUUUCUUACCCUACAACUAUGGAUCAUGAAGCUAGGAUCAAUAAUUUACCCGACAAAGUUCUACGCCACAUACUCACCUUUCUCCCCACUAAAGAGGUGAUUGCUUCAAGUGUCCUCUCUAAGAGGUGGAUAGAUCUCUGGCGCUCAGUUCCCGCGUUCAAUUUUUAUGAUAUCAAUGUGGAUAAUCAAGAAACUAGUUUUCGCAUGAACGAGCUUGCCUAUUCGUUUUUGCUCUCAGCUAAUUCUAUCCAGAGUUGCAAACUCGACAUUUGGUAUAAUGAUCCUGAUGUUGGCUAUCUUGGCUUUUCCAAUGUCAUCAAAUGGAUCAAUGCUGUCGUAGAACGCGGAGUUGAGUGCAUUAAACUAUGCAUUGAUAUUUCAAAUGAUUAUAGUCUCAAAUUGCCCAUUAGCAUUCUAACCUGCCGGACCCUUGUUGUUCUUGACUUCUUUGGGUUUGCUUUGAAGGAUUUCUCUUCCAUUAGCCUUCCCUCCCUCAAAACCCUUCGUAUGGAUGAGAUUAUCUUCUUAAAUGUUCAAGAUUUCUUAUUGCUUCUGGCUGGAUGUCCCAAUCUUGAGUAUUUACGUGCAUGCUAUUUAGGGUUUUUCUCUCAAGAGCUUCCUACCUAUCAAGUGCGUGAAAGUCUAACCCUACACAAGUUGAUCAAAGCAGAUUUGCAUAACACUUUUUGUCACUUUCCUUUGAAAGCCCUUCUUAAUGCUAAGCAUUUGAUCCUAGAAAUAAAUGAGGUGUGUCGGGGUUAUGAUGAGAUUCCCACCUUUCAUAAUUUGACCAACUUGAAACUUUCCUCUAUAAAAUGUAACUGGAAUUUGCUGUUUCAAGUGCUUAAACAGUGUCCUAGCCUUCAAAAUGUUGAACUUUGUCAGGAGACCAUCACUGAGAUACAACAUGACCCGGGGAAUUGGGUGGAUCCAAUAUUUGUUCCACAAUGUCUUUCAUCACAACUUAAAACUUGCAUUCUUUGGUACUUUUCAGACCAAAAAUGUGAGUAUCUACUCGCAACAUACAUUUUGAAGAAUGCAAGAGUUUUGAAAACUAUGACGAUUCAUUGCAGAGAAGACCUCCAAAUAGACGGAGGGUUAUACUUAUGUCCAAAGGCCUCUCCUAUGUGUGAAGUUAUUAUUAAACGCCAACCGACUUUGAGUUCUAUCAUCAAAAGAACGACGGAACUCCGCGCCGCAUGAUGAGAUAUGGCCAUGGGAUUAGCUUCUCGGUGGGAGAUUAGAGUACUGUUUUACAGUUGGAAUUAGUUGGUUUUACUCAUGAUUGAAUUUUCUUUGCUUUCAGUUUCUGCAUUUAUAAACAAGAAGACCAUGAUGUUUAGUGUUUACCAUGAGUUCCAUGGCCGAACUUUUGUUAUUGUUUUUCCACUUGAGCUCAAUAAGUUACUGCUCAUGACUGUGUUUCUAUUUAAACAUGAUUUCUAAAGCUUGUUUCCAUCGUCUUUGAAAUAUUUCUUCGCUCAUUCGUUGUCAAGUA